GUUUUAGUCUAUCCUGUGUUCGACCUUCGCUGUAACACAGCAUCCUACAAACUUUACUCAGAUGGCUACUCGCUGACAGAGAAACAGAUGCAGUGGUAUGCUAAUCACUUCUUAAAUAACGAAGAAGAAAAGAGUGAUCCGCGUGCCUCUCCAUUGCUGCGACAGUCCUUCAGCCAUCUUCCGCCUGCGUUGUGUAUCGUGACAGGAAGUGACGUCUUGGUGGACGAAAACAUGGAAUAUGUACAGAAAUUAAAGGACGCAGGCGUGGAGACGGAGCUGGUCGUAAUGAAGGGCGUGGUCCAUUCAUAUUUCGUUCUACCAGCAUUCUUCAGGGAGAACAUUGCUUUUUCGUAUGCCAAAGUUGCAGACUUCAUCAAGAAACAUUCCACUUAGAGCAAUCCACAGCCUUAUUUACGUCCGUAGCAAUGAGUGCCAAAUGAGACAAGAUGUCAGAUAAGGCAUCG